ACUCAACCCAGCCCAGCUCAGCCCAGCCCAGCGCAGCUCAGCCCAGCCCGCCCGCGCCCGCUGGCAGCGCUGCCCGCUCCGCACCUCCCCGCACCUCCCCGCACCUCCCUGCUCGUCCCUCCCCGGCUCCGCCCCGGCCCGCGGAGGGGUGCCCGGCCCGGCCCGUCCCGUCUCGCCCGCUGCCCGCACCGCUCCGCACCGCGCUCCGCUCCGCAGAGGAGCAGAGGGGAGCAGGAUGCUGCCGGAUGCCGUGGUGCUGCUGCUGGUGGUGGUGAUGGUGGUCGGCCUGCACUCGGCAGCGGGAGGCGGCGUGGGGGGCUAUGCCCAAGUGAAGUACAUGCAGCCCAUGGUGAAGGGACCCCUGGGACCCCCCUUCCGUGAAGGCAAAGGGCAGUACCUGGACAUGCCACCGCUGCUGCCGAUGGACCUCAAAGGGGAGCCAGGACCACCAGGGAAGCCCGGCCCACGGGGACCCCCAGGGCCUCCCGGCUACCCAGGAAAGCCGGGCACGGGGAAACCGGGAAUGCACGGCCAGCCCGGGCCCGCGGGGCCCCCUGGCUUCUCGGGCAUCGGGAAACCCGGCAUCCCAGGGCUCCCUGGAAAGGCGGGUAUGAAAGGGAUGCCUGGAGCCAAGGGUGAGCCUGGCAUGCGAGGAGAGCAAGGGCCAAGAGGACUGCCCGGCCCCCCGGGGCUGCCGGGGCCAGCCGGCAUCUCCGUCAACGGGAAGCCGGGUCCCCAGGGCGGCCCCGGCUUGCCUGGGUUUCGAGGUGAACCUGGCCCAAAAGGGGAGCCGGGUCCCCGCGGGGAGCGAGGGAUGAAGGGCGAGAAUGGCGUGGGGAAGCCAGGGUUACCGGGGCCCCGGGGGAACGGGGGCCCUCCUGGCCCUGCAGGGCCCCCAGGGCCCGUUGGCGUUGGAAAGCCUGGCCUCGAUGGGCUGCCGGGUGCACCGGGGGAGAAGGGCGACAUGGGCCCCCCAGGUGGGCCUGGUGUCAAUGGAGAGCCCGGCCCCAUGGGGCCCCGAGGCCCCCCUGGCAUCGAUGGGAUCGGUGUCCCAGGCGCUGCAGGGGUGCCGGGGAUACAGGGUCCCAUGGGACCGAAGGGAGAGCCUGGGAUCCGUGGCCUCCCUGGUUUGCCGGGCCCAACGGGCUAUGGGAAGCCGGGUUUGCCUGGCCUGAAAGGAGACCGUGGGCAGCCCGGGGUGCCAGGAGCCAUCGGUGAUAAGGGGGAACCUGGUGUUGAUGGGGAGCCGGGCGAGCCAGGCCCUGCUGGCAUCAUCGGGCCACCGGGCCCGCCGGGGUCCAUGGGCCUGCCGGGCAAGCAUGGGCUGCCCGGUUCCAAAGGGGAUGUGGGGCCGAGCGGUCCCCCGGGAAUGCCGGGGAUGCGCGGUGACCAGGGCCCCAACGGCUUCGCAGGGAAGCCGGGGGUGCCGGGAGAAAGGGGCCUGCCCGGGUCACUGGGACCCCCUGGCCCAAUGGGCCCCAAGGGGGAACCAGGGUUCAUCGGCCUCCCUGGGGUGCCAGGAUUGACGGGCGGCCCUGGGCCGAAAGGGGAUGGUGGGAUCCCGGGACAGCCAGGGCUGAGGGGCCCCUCUGGCAUCCCGGGCUUGCAAGGACCCGCAGGUCCCAUGGGGCCUCAGGGGCUACCAGGGCUGAAAGGAGAGCCCGGGCUCCCUGGGGUUCCCGGUGAGGGGAAGACCGGUGAGCCUGGCAUGGCCGGACCCAUCGGCCCACCGGGAAUGCCGGGAACGCCGGGGCUGAACGGACCACCGGGUCCACCGGGGCCACCCGGACCACCGGGAGCACCCGGGGUGUUCGACGAGACGGGCAUCGCGGGGCUGCACCUCCCAGACGGAGGCGUGGAGGGGGCCGUGCUGGGGAACGGGAAGCCAGGGAAGCCGCAGUACGGCCGAGGAGAGCUCUCCGCCCGCAUCGCGCCGGCCUUCACCGCCAUCCUCACCUCCCCGUUCCCAGCGUCGGGCAUGCCGGUCAAGUUUGACCGGACUUUGUAUAACGGGCACAACGGCUACAACCCGGUCACCGGGAUAUUCACCUGCCCCGUAUCCGGCAUCUACUACUUUGCCUACCACGUGCACGUCAAAGGGACCAACGUUUGGGUGGCGCUUUAUAAGAACAACGUGCCGGCCACCUACACCUACGACGAGUACAAAAAGGGUUACCUGGACCAGGCCUCGGGCAGUGCCGUGCUUGAACUCAAGGAGAACGACCAAGUCUGGGUACAAAUGCCCUCGGACCAGGCCAACGGGCUGUACUCCACGGAGUACAUCCACUCCUCCUUCUCUGGGUUCCUGCUUUGCCCCACAUAACGGCUGUUGGGCGCGUUUCCUUUUCACCCACGUUAGCCAUAAACUGUCUUUUUUUGUUCGUUUUUUGAUAAAAAAGGUUAAAAUUAAUACAAAAAAGAAAAAUCACUGGGAAGAACGCGCGAGCCGCUGUGGUGGGACCUUGCUUCACGCUGUUUGAUCCAUGAGUCAAGAGGGUAACCAGAAAGGAGACACCUAUCCAUCUUUUUUUGGGGAGGGAGAAGGGAGGCUGAGGAGUGACUUCCUCAGCAAAGCCUACCUGGAAUAACUUUUACCCUAGUGACUGUACAUCAAACCCGGGAACGUGCUCGGGAUGGCAAGGAUCUGGCUCUGCAGCCAACUGCUCUGUGAUCCAGAGGGUCGUCUGGAAGAGCAGACCCUUCUGGUCUGUAAUCAAGUGCCCUUGCUUCCCAUUUGAGUACAAGUUAAAUAAAUACAGCUGUUGUAACGGAUGGUGUAUCUGCUAACCAACGCAGGGGUGCUAGGCACUUAACACAAACCUCUACAGCAGCAGAGGUCCGUGAUGGAUUGAGAAAUUUCCUUCCCAAACCAUCAGAUGCCCAAGUUCUGGUCUCACUGAUGCCUGUUCUUUCAGACUGUGCUUUGCAGCAGUCUCUCUGCUUCACUCCGGAUUCAGUGUGGUUGGAUGUAUAAUCAGAAAAAGUGGAACACUUUGCAUAAGCACCUUCUUAGAAGAAUUAAAUGUUCUUUUUAACCCUCCUCCUCAGCACCUUUAGGAAUAAAACCAUCCAGGCACUGGCAUCUGGGAGGACGACAGACGACCUAUUCCAAAGCCGUUGAGGGAAGCUGGGACCCCUGUGAUGAACAAGGAUCCUCUCUUGGGUUCAUUCAUCUACUGGCAAGUCCAAGGGCUGCUUCUGUCCGGUCUGUCUCUUUGCAGCCCAAAGACUUGCUUGGCCUCAUGAGCAUCUUUACCCUUUGAGAACACAAGGAUGGCACUGCAAGCCCGGCUUAUGGUGCUUCUAGCCUGGUCUGACAGAAGGUUUAGUUGUGCUUCCCUGAAAGUGCCACUUAUGGACAACUUGCUUUUACUGUCUCACUAUUUCGGGAUGUGUAAACUCCCCCCUUCCCCUGGGGAUCUUUUAAUUAAGAAAAAAUGAGCAUUCAUUCUAACUUUCCAUUGAGUCAUUUUACCACGGUGCUAUUAUCUACUUAACAAUUACUUACGAGUCUAGUGCAAUAUGUACCUGUCAAAGCACCACUCCAGGUGCCAGUCUGUGACUUAGGCUAAAAGAAAAUAAUCCUGUUUGUCUGUUGUUACCACUUUGUCUCAUGCUUGAAAUGUCACCGACCUGAGGAUGAGCUGGAAGGUUCCAGGAGAGGUAUGCACGAUCCUGACCACUUGGCUGCUCUGUCCUUUGGUAAAGGGAGCACCUGAACCCUGUUCCUUGCAGCCUUUCUCAUGGUAGGAUGGUUGUUCUCAUCCCAGCGAUGUAGUAGCUCACUGCUGAAGUUAAUCCACACGUGCUACACGCUGUGUCCCUCUGCAAAGGCACGGCCCUGAGAAAACAGCAACAAUUUGGUCACCAGCUGAGCAAUUAUUGCCCUUAAGUUUUCCUACAGCCUGUUCAAUGGCCAAAGAAAAUGUAGCAAGAGUGGGGCUUGGGACUGUUCUCCAGAUGAACUGUACAAGGUAUUUAAACAACUUUCCGAUUUCUAUUUGUUCAGUUUGUUUUUCUCAUUAAGCCUGUCCUGUGUUUCUGCCUCUUGCCAUCCAGGGCUGCCUUUUAAAACACACCUACCCCUGAAAUUAAGAAAGACAGCAAGGAAAUGUACAGUCGAGAGGCCAGUGCUUCAGCUACUGCCUGGCUGGGGCUGGCUCGUCCCCCUCCCUGGGAUUUUCUCCCCAUAAAGCUGCAAGUUUUGUACAAAGAAGAAACAUUCCCAAGCUGAAAGGCUGCCCCAGUGUCCGACCCUGCUGGAUGUUUUCAGCUCCUAAAGGCAGGAGGGUGUCAGGACCGUUUGGGUUUUGUUCAUAACAGGUUAUUUCCCAGCAGGAACAGGAGCCAUACAAAGAGUCCCUAAAGUGAGAAGUGGAAGCUCAGAGGUUUUCUUCAAGCCCAGGCUUGGGAGGGUGCUAGGAUGGGGCCUGUGUCUCCUUUACUGAAGCCUCUUUCCUGUGGAGGACAGCCAAGGACUGGAGCCGGUGCCAGGCCAGGCCCUGGCCAGCAGUGGGGCUGUUCCCACUGCCCACACUACCUGCAGCAGGGCCAGGAGCUUCCCAUGCCAGGCUGGAAGCUUCAUCCUGUUACUCAGCAAAGCGACUUAUUUAUACUGUGUUCUAACCUCCAUUCCCUCUCUUCUUGUUCUGUUUUUAUUCUAAACUUCUUGUCCUAGCUGGCAAAAAAGCAAUGAUAAAAUUACUCAUUAUAACCACACCGAGACAUUAACUCCUUCAGUGCUGUAGAUAUUGUUUUGCAAUUAUUUCACUUUCCCUUCAUGUGCAGAGCAUAAACCAUAAUCAACCUUCCGCAGCUAUAUAACCUCUUACAUUUACACAGUAAUUGAAAGGCAAAGAUAUAACACGCACAUAGUUAGGCUAGAAAUAAAACGAUGCACAGGAUGAGGGAGGCUGUUCACUAAACUGGACACUGUCAGGAAGAGUUUUUAUUCUGGAAUACUGAGUAUGUGAUAUUCGCCAGCAGAAAGGAUUAUUUUGUGGUGUGUGUGAGCGCAUGGGAUUUUGGUUUCAAUCACAAUAGUAAAAAAGGUUGGGUUGGAUGAAGUACGUCUAUUUUUAAUUAUGAAAACUGCAUUACAAUGUGCAUUUUUAUAUACAAAUUCUUACUAUUUUUGUUAAAUUUGCCUCUAGUAUCUUCAUUUCUAACCUAGUAUAUAGAGGUUUUUAGUUUUGUAAAUACUUACUACAUGCACUGUUUGUCAUAGUAAAAGUUGGUUUAAAAUGCACUCUUUUUGUGACCACAAACUGGCCUUCUCUUCAGAACUAAAACUGCAGUACUUGAUUGUAUUGACAAAACAUCAAUAAAACUUAUUGUAUAAAA